AUGACCCCAGCACCACCUCUAGCACCACCCCCCAUACUACCUCUGCUACUUCCCACCACCACCAUCGCCAUCUCUACCUUCACCACCACCACCAUCACCACCACCACUGCCCCCACAUUACCACCACCAUCCCCAUUACCACCAUCUCCACCAUCACCACCACCACUGCCCCCACAUUACCACCACCAUCCCCAUUACCACCAUCUCCACCAUCACCACCACCACUGCCCCCACAUUACCACCACCAUCCCCAUUACCACCAUCUCCACCAUCACCACCACCAAAAUCAGCAGCACUGCGCAUGGACUAUUUCGGGUCCUGCAGGACCCCCCUACCAUGACACUGGGUACACAGCAGGGGCUCACUAAGUGUGGGCUCAAUGAGUUCAUCGCCCGAGGCCAGUGCCUGGCCAAGGUCGGAGCCUGGCCAAGGUCGGAGCCUGGCCAGGGUCGGCGCCUGGCCAGGGUCGGCGCCUGGCCAGGGUCGGCGCCCGGCCAAGGUCAGAGCCCCGCCAAGGUCGGCGCCCCGCCAAGGUCGGCGCCCCGCCAAGGUCGGCGCCCGGCCAAGGUCAGAGCCCCGCCAAGGUCGGCGCCCCGCCAAGGUCAGAGCCCCGCCAAGGUCGGCGCCCCGCCAAGGUCGGCGCCCGGCAAAGGUCGGCGCCCCGCCAAGGUCAGAGCCCCGCCAAGGUCGGCGCCCGGCCAAGGUCGGCGCCCGGCCAAGGUCAGAGCCCCGCCAAGGUCGGCGCCCCGCCAAGGUCAGAGCCCCGCCAAGGUCAGCGCCCCGCCAAGGUCAGCGCCCGGCAAAGGUCGGCGCCCCGCCAAGGUCAGAGCCCCGCCAAGGUCAGCGCCCGGCAAAGGUCGGCGCCCCGCCAAGGUCAGAGCCCCGCCAAGGUCGGCGCCCGGCCAAGGUCAGAGCCCCGCCAAGGUCAGAGCCCCGCCAAGGUCAGAGCCCCGCCAAGGUCGGCGCCCGGCCAAGGUCGGCGCCCGGCCAAGGUCGGCGCCCCGCCAAGGUCAGAGCCCCGCCAAGGUCAGCGCCCCGCCAAGGUCAGCGCCCGGCAAAGGUCGGCGCCCCGCCAAGGUCGGCGCCCCGCCAAGGUCAGAGCCCCGCCAAGGUCAGAGCCCGGCAAAGGUCGGCGCCCCGCCAAGGUCGGCGCCCCGCCAAGGUCGGCGCCCGGCCAAGGUCAGAGCCCCGCCAAGGUCGGCGCCCCGCCAAGGUCAGAGCCCCGCCAAGGUCGGCGCCCCGCCAAGGUCAGAGCCCCGCCAAGGUCGGCGCCCGGCCAAGGUCGGCGCCCGGCCAAGGUCGGCGCCCGGCCAAGGUCAGAGCCCCGCCAAGGUCAGCGCCCCGCCAAGGUCAGCGCCCGGCAAAGGUCGGCGCCCCGCCAAGGUCAGAGCCCCGCCAAGGUCAGAGCCCCGCCAAGGUCGGCGCCCCGCCAAGGUCAGAGCCCCGCCAAGGUCAGAGCCCGGCCAAGGUCAGAGCCCCGCCAAGGUCGGCGCCCGGCAAAGGUCGGCGCCCCGCCAAGGUCGGCGCCCCGCCAAGGUGAACGGUCUGUGGGGGACCAGAGGUCACUCUGCGGCUGGAAUCCAAGGUCAUUUUGUGAAGAACCUCCCCACGCAAAAGCAAAUGGUGCCCACGCCGCGUAGCGAGGGCGAAGGCGCUGGACGGAAUUCUGAGAUUGAGCAGCCACAGCGCAGGAAAGGCUACAUGUUCUGA